CUUGUUAGCGGAUCCAAUCAUCGUUGAAUUACAGUCGGAUGGAAACCGGAGCUGAUUGAUCUUGUGAGGGAUUUCAUCGAAAAUUCAGGUUUUUUGUUAGAUUCAUGGGAGAAAGGAUUGUUAUUACCGAUAUGGAUGCCCUUGCAGUUGAAAUGCGCAACACUAAACAGUUAAUCUCAUGGCAAGUAGCCUCCAAAUGCAUGGAGACAUUCUUGAGGAAUAUUCUAAGCUUACAGUGCUUCUUCAAGCAGGAAUUCAUGCUGCUUGGGUAUAGGAUUGGACAGAUUUGAGAACUCGGAGUAAAGAGCUGCAUUUGUUGAUGCCAUUCUUAUAACAGCAUGACCAAUAGAAGGCUUCACUGAGAGCAUAGGACCUCUGCCAUAGAAGAUAAUCAAGAAGGUGAAGUCGCGGGAACUUUAUGAAACAAAUCGUGUCAAACGAAUAGUAAUUUCUGGUGUCACGUGUUUGCCUGUGAUUUGCUAGUACCACGUUGCACUCGGUAUUAUGAGUGAUUCAAAAGGAGCCGUUACAACUUGCAAAGUUGACCACUGAGGAGAUAAAUUGGGAUUGCUUCAUUCUUCCUUUCAUUUUCUUUUUCUGGUUCAAGAUAUAUGCAUAUUUGGUUUUCCAUCACCUACCUGCUGCACAAUUUAGUCUAUUACAGAAGAACGAAAACAAGGAGGCUAAACACUGCUGUUGUCAUGUCUGAGAUUGGGAACAAGUUCGCCCGUUUGCGGUCUGACUAUGUUCCACCAAUUGGACACAUUGAAGAAGUUAUAAUAAACAUUUUGUCCAGGCUUCCUGUGAAAACAGUUGUAGCGUGCAAAUGUGUUGCCAAACAUUGGUUGAAAUUGAUAUCUGAACCACAAUUUCCUCAUUUGCAACUAAACUGGUCGAAGAAAAAACCAAAAUAUAUCAUAUGUCCUUAUCCGGAGGACUAUGAUACGAUCAAUCAUCUAUGUCUACUGGAGGGAAAUGGGAAAAUCAUUGAAGAUGUCCCCCUUUUUGGUUUUGACGAAGUUUGCUCGCCUGAGAUGACUUGUUUCUUGAAUGGUCUCAUAUCCAGUGUGAAUGAAGAUAGUGAUGGUCUGAAUGAUGUGGACAUCAACAUUUUCAACCCGAUUACUCGUGACUCCAUUGUACUUCCAAGAGGAAGUCCCUCGGUAGUGAUUCCAUCGGUUGGGGUUGGUUUUGACCCCAAGAGUAAUGACUUCAAAGCAUUUCGCUUCUUCUCGGAUUCAUCUAAAGGGGAAGAUGUUAAAUAUAAGUGUGAGGUAUACACCUCUGGUUCUACAGCAUGGCGAAGAAUUUCUGAGGAUGUGCAACGGCCGCAGAGUAGUCCCAUUAACCCACUCUGCCCUUACUAUGCUAGUAUAGCUGGAACAGUUUACUGGUUUGUAUGGUCACAAGAUCAACCUGGUACUCCUGUUCGUAUUCUCUCAGUUGACAUGAACGACAGCUUCACCAAGAUCUGCCUGCCCACCCCUCUGAAUGUGUGGAGUUUCUUGACUGAAAUAGAGGGCUGCUUGUCAGUGGUUCACUUCAAUAAUCCAGGAACAUAUGCACUGAACCAAAAUCAAGAUCCUUAUCUUGAGGUAUAUAAAUUGGAGAACUCCCGGUGGCACUUGAGAUCUAAGUCCACCAUAGAUCUUAUCAACGUCCACAGCAUCAACUCAGUUGCUGCUAGGGAUACUGAAAUAUUCUUCAUCAUUAAACAUGAUGAUGAAUCCAUCUGCUACCUCAUCUUCGAUUUUGUGGAAGAGUCCUUCACGACACUUGAUCUGGAUGAGCAAUUUGAGGGUGAUUGUCCUGUUGCAUUUCCAUUCGUCGAAAGCCUCCUCAAGUGUAAGUUAGGCGAGACAGUUUCUGGACUUCAGUUGCGGUGUUCGUCUUCCUUUAAGUUUGCAACUCUCGCUUGGAAUAAUUUGCUGGUGGAAGGUGAAAUGGAAUAAGAGACUCCGAGGUUCCAGUAUUUGAAGCCCUUUCCUUUAUGUUGUGUGUUUAAUGUUAAGAAUUUCUUAUAAACUGAAUAAUCUGCUUUUAAAUAUGAAUAAGACUUGCAACUAUGUGAUGGUAA